AUGCUUCGCUCGGCUCUUCCUCGUGUUCGUGUUCUACCACCACCAUCUGCUCGUUUCAACAUCCCAUCACCACCUUCAGUUUCCUUACGAACCUUUGCCACUCGUACACAUGCUCCCCACCCCAAUGUUCGUCUUCCUUACAAAUCCAUCUCGGCUAGUGUAGCCUUGACAUCCGCCUCUAUGAUGUAUCUUUACUCUCGCUCUAAUGAUGAUUCCCUUCUCGGUAUGCGUAAAGCAUACGCUGAGAUGUCCCACCAACAUCACCACCCUGUAUCCGCUUACAUGUCAUCUUCUCCCGCUUCAGCAUUGGCUGAGCUCAAUGAUGAGAAUAACCGUUCCUUCCUUCAUGCCAAGUCGACGGAAGAUUUGUUGAUGGGCCUUUUCGUUUACAAGUUGUGUACUUUCCAAUGGUUGGUUGAUGCUGCACCUCAACUUAUCCAUUUCGCCGAAUCGGUCCACCUUGAAAAAAUUGCUCACUGGGUUGUCAAGAAUACUUUUUUCCGCCAUUUCUGUGGAGGUGAAACACCUGAAGAAUGUGUUGAAGUCAUGGACAAGCUUAGCAGCUUGGGCAUGAAUGCCAUUCUUGAUUUGAGUGUUGAGGCCGAUGAAUCCCCACAAGAAGGUCCUGAAGCAUUUGCCAACCAAGAACAAUAUGCUGAUUUCAUUUUGGGCAAGACCAAGCAUUGCCUGGAAACCGCUGCCAUGGGAACCGCUCGUACCAACCAAGCAUCUGGUGCUUUUGCUGCCGUCAAGGUUACUGCUCACACCCCACCUGAAUUGUUGUUGCGCCUCAACUUUGCCAUUGCUACCCUCAACAAGUCUUUCCAUGAUUAUCAAGUUGACGGCAAGAUUGAUGCUGCUUCUUUCCGCAAGAUUGUUAACGAUGUCUUGCCCACACCAGCAAGCGAUAGCCAACGUGAAGAACGCAACAAGCUCAUGUCCAACAUUGAAUCCCUUGACUUCAUUGAAUAUACCAAGAUCCUCAAUCUUUAUGGUCCUACUCGUGAUGUUUGGUGGUCUAGCAACGACAACGGCAAUGAUCGCAAGCUUAUGAACACCUUUGAUCUUGCUGCUUAUGAUCGCCUUAUGGAUCGUAUGGAUCAAGUUUGUGGUACCGCUCAUCGCCUUGGUGCUGGUGUCAUGAUUGAUGCUGAACAAAGCUACUUCCAAGAAGCUAUUGAUCAUGUUGCUCUUAACAUGCAAGCCAAGUACAAUCGCCGUGAUGAAGACAAGGCUCCCACUGUGUACAACACCUAUCAAAUGUAUACCAAGGCAUCUCUUAGCAAGUUGGAAAUCGAUGUUGAACGUGCUCAUCGUGAAAACUUUGCUUUUGCUGCCAAGUUAGUGCGUGGUGCUUACAUGGUCUCGGAGCGCAAGCGUGCCCUGGAAAACAACUACCCAUCCCCGAUCCACGAUACAUUGGAAGACACCCACGCUUCGUACAACAAUGGUGUCGUCUUUUUGUUGAGCAAGUUGCGUGAACACCAAGAAUCCACUGGUGAGACCUUGUCGUCUACUACGGCACCCAUUGUGUUUAUGGUUGCCACACACAACCGCCAAUCGGUCAUCCUCACUGUUGAAGAAAUGGACCGCCAGGGUGUUCUCCCUCGUUCUGGUGUUGUGCAUUUUGGCCAACUCUUUUCCAUGAAGGAUCAACUCUCCUAUGCUCUUGCCCGUAACGGCUAUUCCAUCUACAAGUACUUGCCUUAUGGUCUUAUUCAAGAUGUCAUCCCCUACUUGAUUCGUCGUGCUCAAGAAAACUCUGCUGUCUUGGGUGAUGUUGGUCAUGAGCGUGAGCUCAUGUUCCAAGAAAUCAAGGACCGUGUUACUGGCAAGACCCCUAAUGUCAUGAUCAACUCUUCCUCUGCCUCUGCACCUGCUACCGUUGUUGACGAUGCUACUGCUUCAGCCGAUAAUACCUCUACCUCACCAGCGGCUGAAAUGUCCGGCGUUGCAAAGACGGCCUAA